GCAUUGGCCUACACACAGUAGCAUUGGUAGUAUAGUCAGCGGUGGAGAGGUAUAUGACUUCUGUAUAUGUUUCCUAUAUUCCUGUGGUCGCGGGAGAUAUAUAUCCACGGUGGAAGUAUAUAUGUGGUUUGGUUGAGCUGGUGAUGCUGGGGAUUAAUUGAGCUUUGGAUAAUCUAUGAAGGAUAUCAUCAAAGCUUUGAGCUUCAAAUUGGAGGAUUCCUCGACUUGUGUUACAAGUAUUCAGCAGGUUGGCCUGAGGAGCAUGUUCAUCUGAAUAGACUUCGGAAUCCACAUGUGUUUGGCUUCAUACUCUUGUGUUAUUGAACACCUCCACGUCUUGCUGAAAUCAACAGUCUCCCAAACAAGUGGUUGAUCCCAUAUCCAGCUCUCCUAGAGGUUAUUCUUCAUCUAUCCUGUAAGGCUCUGUCGAUACCUUGCAACAUCUCGCCCUGGAAACUUGCUGUCUAGUUCUCCUCUCACCGACGCCAUGCGAUUAGCCCACUUUUGUAUCUACAUGUAAAUUUCGGCUGAGCGCUAAUUCCUGUGCAAUUAUCCUACCUCAACCCCCACCACGGACCUGCAAUAGCUGAUUAAUGUUUGGAAUCGGCAUCUGUCGUUUGACGAGUGAAGCCUCCUAGAGUCAUAGAAAGCAGCCAUCUUGGAUUUUAAUUUCAUCAAUUAACAUACCCACCGUUGUCAAAGUGUCUAUUGCGUACUUUCCUCCCCCUCACUGAUGUGCAAUCUAUAACUAAAGUUGUGAAUUUCCUCUUUCUCAAACUACCACCUCGUAACUUUGUGAAUUGUCCUCGGCCGUGUACAUGUGUACGUCAUUUGGAGAAAUACAAGGAAUUUUCGCCAUAAAGCAUUUGAAAUUCUUGUGGAUUAUUAUUACUACAUAACUUGCCGGGAGCGGAAAGAAGGACAAAAUGACGACCCCGUCCAAAUUCAGAAAUGUACCAAAGACUGCUCAGAAUCGUCUUUUGAUCAAGGGAGGCAAGGUGGUGAACAGUGACACAUCCUUCUAUGCAGAUGUGUACAUGGAAGAUGGCAUCAUUCGGCAAGUCGGUAAGGACCUCAUCACACCAGGAGGUGCCAAGGUCCUGGACGCUAAGGGCAAGCUUAUCAUCCCCGGUGGUAUCGACACCCAUACUCACAUGCAGCUACCCUUCAUGGGAACCUGUGCUAUCGAUGACUUCUACCAGGGCACCAAGGCUGCUCUCGCUGGCGGAACUACCAUGAUCAUUGACCACUGCCUGCCAACCAGAGGUCAAUCUCUCGUUGAAGCCUACGACCAAUGGCGUGCCUGGGCUGAUCCUAAGGUCUGCUGUGACUACUCCCUUCACGUCGGUAUCACUUGGUGGAGCGAGAGUGUCCAGAAGGAACUCAGCGUCAUUGCUGAAGAGAAAGGAAUCAACUCUUUCAAGAUGUUCAUGGCCUACAAAGACGUCUUCAUGCUGCAAGACUUUGAGCUGUACAGAGCGUUUGCUGCCCUCAAAGAACUUGGUGCUCUCCCAUUGGUGCAUGCAGAGAAUGGUGACAUCAUCGCUGAGAACACAAAGAAGCUGUUGGAAUUGGGCAUCAACGGACCUGAAGGUCAUCUUCAGAGCAGACCAGAGGAUGUUGAAGCUGAGGCAGUGAACAGAGCCAUCUGUAUCGCCAAUCAAGUCAACUCUCCUCUCUACGUCGUGCAUGUCAUGAGCAAAAGUGCUGCAGAUGAGAUCUCUAAAGCAAGGAGACAGGGUAAGGUGAUCUUUGGUGAGCCUAUUGCAGCUGGCCUAGGUACAGACGGGACAAACUACUUCCAUCAUGAAUGGCUCCACGCUGCGGCUCACGUUAUGGGACCCCCUCUACGACCAGACCCCACCACCCCCGGCUAUCUCAUGGACCUACUUGCCAACAACGACCUGCAGCUGACGGGAACCGAUCACUGUACCUUCAAGUCUGAGCAGAAGGCCAUGGGGAAGGACGACUUCACCAAGAUUCCAAAUGGAGUCAAUGGUGUAGAGGACAGGAUGUCUGUCAUCUGGGAGAAGGGCGUGGAAACCGGCAAGCUUGAUGAGUGCCGCUUCGUGGCUGUUACAAGUACCAAUGCUGCCAAAAUCUUUAACAUGUACCCAAGAAAGGGUGUGAUCCAAGUAGGGUCAGAUGCUGAUGUGGUCAUCUGGGAUCCCAUGGCAACAAGGGUCAUCUCCAAGGAGACGCAUCACCAGGCUGUAGACUUCAAUAUCUUUGAGGGUAUGGAGUGCCACGGUGUUCCUCUCACCGUCAUCAGCAACGGCAGAGUGGUGUUAGAAGAUGGAGAGCUGCACGUAUCCCAAGGAGCUGGUCGAUUCAUCUCUCGUCCACUUCACGCUCCGGAGGCUUACUCAAGGAUCAGUCAAAGAGAAAAGGUCAAUGCUUACAAGCGCGUUGACCGGGACGGCUACGAGGGUCCGAUCCACAAGAAUACAGGCCAGCCAGUCCAGAACAACUACCGCAGGACUGGCCCAUCCCCUCAGCAGUCCGAUGAACCCGCUCAACUGAACAAGCACGGAGGACGUGACCUCCAUAGAUCAGGCUUCUCUCUGUCAGGUAGCCAAGUUGAUGACAGGAAGGACAAGAGGAGCGGCCAGAGGAUUAUGGCGCCCCCAGGUGGUGCGUCAAGCCUCUCCUUCAACUAGACUCCUACCGGUAUCAUAGUGCUACGCCCUGGUAUCAUAGUGCCACGCCCUGGUUUCUUACAACUACGCCCUUUAUGCAUAGAGAAAUUGUAGCAAAAGAAAUGUAUUAAUGGAUUUUUAUGAUUAUGCCUAGCUGUUUCGUGUGACCUAUUUUUUUCCUUUUCUGUAUCUGUGGUCGUCGCAAAGGUACAUGGCCAGCUUUCACGACUGGUGUUACGAUAAAAGUUAGUUGGGGCGAAAGGAUGCACCGUGUGGUUAUAUUGGAAUGCUCUUGUAAAUAGGAAUUGGGAGAAGGGACACGUACCAAAGGUUUAUAAAAUUGCUUGUUUGCACUGCCUAAGAAGGGAAACUGUGAGGAAAAACGUAAUUCAUAUAAGGAUAUUCAAAAAAUGUAAAUAGGUAAUUGGCAUGGGUUGAGUGACUGCCAAGUGUGGGUUUAAAUUAAAAGAAACAAAAUAUUUUGUCUGAAGAAUUGGAUUUGAGGCAAUUUGGAGACCACAGAAUGGUCAUGUUACUGCCCUUUUGAAUAAAAAAUUGGUAUUCUGAAAUUUGAAGAAAUUACAGUUGUAAAAACUAAUAAAAGAUGGCAAUUUGAUGGAUUUGAUGCAUGUAUUGAUGAAAGGAAUAGCUGGCAAACAGCCCAACGACAGAUUAUGAAUAUACCUGGUACAAUGUAUGUUCAGGAUUGUCCAAAGACGCGCAAGUUUUGUCCAAGGUACAAUUCUGAAGGAAAUCAUCUUUCUACCGUUACUAAUGGAGAUGGAUUUUAGAGAAAAAAAUAUGCACAAAUCGCUAGAUGUAUACCGUAUGUACACUGCUGAUAUAGGUACAUUCGAACAAAGCCAAUGUGCUUGUGAGCUACACGAUGCAAAGUCAAAUUUAAAUCCUUUUUUCAUCUUUUGUUUUGAGGAAAAUGAUAGAGUACUUUUGUUCUACAGAGCUUUCAAUAUACUCUUCAAAAUUCAUUCCAUUCUUUAUUUCAUUUAUAGUUACUUCAAAUUUGAAACUUUGAUGAAGGGCUUGUUCAACAGGAAGGAUAACAGUAAGGGUUACUUGUGAGAUCAAGAUUACUUGUGAGAUCAAGAUUACUUGUGAGAUCAAGGUUACUUGUGAGAUCAAGAUUACUUGUGAGAUCAAGGUUACUUGUGAGAUCAAGGUUAGUUGUAAGAUCAAGAUUACUUGUGAGAUCAAGAUUACUUGUGAGAUCAAGAUUACUUGUGAGAUCAAGAUUACUUGUGAGAUCAAGAUUACUUGUGAGAUCAAGGUUACUUGUGAGAUCAAGGUUACUUGUGAGAUCAAGGUUACUUGUGAGAUCAAGAUUACUUGUGAGAUCAAGAUUACUAGUGAGAUCAAGGUUACUUGUGAGAUCAAGGUUACUUGUGAGAUCAAGAUUACUUGUGAGAUCAAGGUUACUUGUGAGAUCAAGAUUACUUGUGAGAUCAAGAUUACUUGUGAGAUCAAGAUUACUUGUGAGAUCAAGGUUACUUGUGAGAUCAAGAUUACUUGUGAGAUCAAGAUUACUUGUGAGAUCAAGAUUACUUGCUCUUACGUCAACUUACUUGCCCAGGUUCCAGGUAUCUAAUGAUAAGCUUGCUUAAUGGGGCAAGCUAUUUUUAACGGGCUUGCCCUUUGGUAUGCAUAGGUUGCCCUGGAAAAGUGGCAAGUUGAUUUUUGUAGCGGUUUUAAAGUCAUGCAGCUGUUUUGCUCUGGGGGUCUGGUUUUUUCACAUAUGAACAAUCGGAUCGAUGUUAAUCACUUGUUUCUUUCUAAAGAAAGAUAUACAUCGUAAAAUAAAGGUUAAGCAUGAUUCACAACAAUAAAGGUGCGAUGUAAAAGGGAAAUCAGCGUGUGGGUAUUGUAUCAAUGGUACCGUACUUAAAACUUAACUUUUGGUUUUAAAUCAAUUAUUUACAUUUCUUUUUCUCUUUCAAAAUGUGAAGAUUUUUAUUACCUAUGUAAUGUUGAUUGAAAUAGGUCUAUAUUGGUUUGUAGAUA